AUGGUGAAUCUAUUGAUUCUUCUUUCUCUCACAUUUUUAUCUUACGCUUACAACCAAACUCUCUUUAUUUUCAACCAAACUCUUGACCACUUUCAUGUCCCAUAUCAAGAUGCUGGCACUUUUCCUCAGCGAUACUGAAUCGUAGACAACUACUUUAAUCCUUCAUAUGGCCUUGUAUUUCUAUAUCUCUGUGGUGAAUAUGAAUGCCCAGGGGUUGACCCUACAAGACUUUUCCCCCUCCAAGUGGCCAAAGAUAAUAAAGCUCGGUUUGUAGUCCUUGAACACCGUUAUUAUGGAGAAUCAUUACCUUAUAACUACUCUGGGAUGCUGCCUCAGCUGCUUACCUAUUUAAACGCUGAACAAGCUUUAGCAGACAUUGCUCAAUUUAUUCGGUUCCUUAAUGGAGAAAUGGCUCUCACAAACCCAGGAGUUUCUUUUAAGUGGGUAGUAGUCGGUGGAAGCUAUGCAGGAGGUCUAAGUGGCUGGGUCAAAACUCGCUACCCAGACCUCGUCGCUGUCUCAUGGGCUAGUUCAGCUGUGGUUAGGCCCAUUCUAAACUUCACAGACUUCGACAAGCAAGUAUAUCUCUCAGCCUUAAAAAGUGGCCAAUCCUGUGUAAAUGCGAUACGUGCUGUAAAUUCUUUAGUAGAAACCCAAUAUUUAGCGAAUAAUCUUGGCCCAGUCACUGACAUAUUUAAUGCGACUGCAGCUUUUCAAGGGACCCCUGACAAGAGACCAGUGCUGUUUUAUAUCACUGAUAUAAUGGCUGAGCUGAUACAGUAUGGGCAUAGGACUGAGCUAUGUGACGCUUUGAUUGCAGUUGACAAUGCGUGGGACAUGCUAAAAGAAGUAGCUAUUUUAGGAGACGAGUAUGGGAUGGCUGAUCCAACAGGAUAUGCUGUGAAUUCUCUAGGGUCAUUUGUGUGGACUCCAAGUACUGCAGGAAGACAGUGGUGGUGGCAGCAAUGCACACAGUUUGGCUGGAUGCAGACGCCCUCUGAGUAUCAAAUGAGGUCAAAAUACUCGAUUUUAAGCCAAUUUAUAAUAUAAAUAGCUAUUUUCUAAUAUAAAAUAAUUCAUUUAUAAAAGAAUACUUAAAUUUGACAUUUUGGGAUUGGUAUUGUAACGCUAUUUAUAAUUACCCAGGAGGUCUCCCAUUACCUGACGUAGAUAUUGCAGGCUAUGAUCUAAAUUAUCUAGGCACCAAUAUACUUUAUACAAAUGGAGACGAAGACCCUUGGCAGUGGGCUGGAAUCAACGUAACCAGCACUGAUGCAAGGCCUGUUUUGCUCAUUAAAUGUGAAAACUGUGGACACUGCGUUGAACUCUAUACACCUGCUCCAACUGAUCCUAUUGAGCUGACAAGGGCUAGAAUCAAUAUAAGGUCAUUAAUUUCAAAACUCCUGAGAAAUAAUUAA